AUGCUGCGGUACCUUCUGAAGACGCUGCUGCAGAUGAACCUGUUCGCGGACUCGCUGGCGGCCGAGAUGUCCAACUCCUCCGAGCUGCUGCUCGGCAUCAACGGCAGCGAAGCCGCGCUCGACCUCCGCAACCUCACCGCCGGCAACGGCUCCCACCCGCAGCUGGAGGACUCCGCACCCCGCAUCGUGGAGCACCCCUCGGACCUGCUGGUGUCCAGGGGUGAGCCGGCCACGCUGAGCUGCAGGGCAGAGGGCCGCCCGUCUCCCACCGUGGAGUGGUACAAAGACGGAGAGCGCGUGGAGACGGACCAUGAGGACCCCCGCUCCCACCGCAUGCUGCUGCCCAGCGGCUCCCUCUUCUUCCUCCGCAUUGUGCACGGCCGCCGCAGCAAGCCUGACGAGGGCAUCUAUGUCUGCGUGGCCAGGAACUACCUGGGUGAAGCCACCAGCAGGAAUGCCUCGCUGGAGGUGGCUGUGCUGCGGGAUGACUUCCGGCAGUCCCCUGGGGACGUGGUGGUGGCAGCAGGUGAGCCGGCUGUGCUGGAGUGCAUCCCGCCCCGCGGGCACCCCGAGCCCACCGUCACCUGGAAGAAGGACGGCACCCGGCUCAGCGACAAGGAUGAGCGCAUCACGAUCCGCGGUGGGAAGCUGAUGAUGGCCACCACGCGCAAAAGCGACGCUGGCAUCUACGUCUGUGUGGCCACCAACAUGGUGGGGGAGCGGGACAGCGAGCCGGCCGAGCUGGUGGUCUUCGAGCGCCCCGCGUUCGGCAGGCGGCCACAGAACCAGGCGGUGCUGGAGGACCAGGCGGCCGAGUUCCCUUGUGAAGCACUGGGGGACCCCCCGCCCACCGCCCUCUGGCGCAGAGAGGAUGGUGAGCUGCCGGCAGGAAGGUGGGAGCUGCUGGCUGACAACACACUGAGGAUCAGUCGGGUGCGGGCAGAGGAUGAGGGAACCUACACCUGCAUGGCCGAGAACAGCGUGGGCAGGUCGGAGGCUUCGGGCACCCUCAUUGUGCGCGUGCCCCCGCAGCUCAUCACCCGGCCCCGCAACCAGACUGUGCCCCCUGGCCAGACUGUGACCUUCCAGUGUGAGACCACAGGAAAUCCUCCGCCGGCCGUGUUUUGGCAGAAGGAAGGCAGCCAGACACUGCUGUUUCCUGGGCAGUCCCCGCCGCCUGCCAGCCGCAUUUCGGUAGCAUCCAGCGGCGCCAUGACCAUCGCCGCCGUGCAGCCCACCGAUGCCGGCUAUUACCUGUGCCAAGCCAUCAGCGUGGCUGGCAGCAUCCUGGCCAAGGCACUGCUGGAGGUGGAGGCAGCGCUUGCUGAGCCCCGACCGCCAGUGAUCCGCUGGGGCCCCGCCAACCUGACGGUGCUGCCGGUGGGGGCCACAGUGCAGCUGCCCUGCUGGGCAGAGGGUGAGCCCCCACCCCAUGUGGGGUGGCUGAAGGAUGGGCGCACCGUGCUGGGCUCUGAGAGCCACGCCAGCCUGCUGGAGAAUGGCACCCUGCAGAUCAGCAACAUGCGGGUGACAGACUCAGGCCAGUAUGAGUGCGUGGCCACCAGUUCGAUGGGUGAGAUGCGCUGGAGCGGGUCCCUGCAGGUGCAAGGUGAUGGAUCUCUCCUCUCCACACCACCCCCAGAGCCUGGCAUCCUUCCAGGGCCACCCUCCACCCCGCUGGUCACCAAUGUCACCAAAAGCAGUGUCACCCUGACCUGGAAAGGGAAUGAGCAAAGCGGUGGCACUACAGUCACUUACAUUGUGGAAGCUUUCAGUGAGGCUGUGGGUGGCCCGUGGCAAACAGCGGCAGCCAAUGUGGAGGGUGAGACACACACAGUGCAAGGCCUCACCCCUGACACCACGUACCUCUUCCUGGUGCGGGCACUCAAUGCCCAUGGGCUCAGUGACCCCAGUGGCAUCUCAGAGCCCAUCCGCACCCAAGCGGACACCAGCCCCACGCCACAGGUGUCCCCAGAGCUGCGUGUGGCCGUGCACCUGCAGGAGCCCGUGGUGCUGCCGCCGGGUGCCGUGCGCCUCGCCUGGACCGUGGAGCCCCCGUCGCCCUCUGUGCAGGGAUACCAGGUGCUGUACCGGCGGCGCGGUGGGCGCUGGGAGGCGUGGGAUGUGCGGGCACCGAGCGAACGGGGGGCUCUGCUCACGGGGCUGCGCCACGGCCAGGACUACGAGGUGAAGGUGCGGCCCUUCUACCUGCACCUCCACGGCCCCGACAGUGCCGUGCGCGCCCUGCGUAUGCCCGAGGCAGCCCCCAGUGCUCCACCAAGGGCUGUCAGCGUGGCUGGAAAUGGCACCAGCGUCCGCAUCUCCUGGCAGCCUCCACCGCCAGCUGAGCAGAAUGGGGUCAUCCUCGAUUACCGAAUCUGGUGCUUGGGCAACGAGAGCCGCUUCCACAUCAAUCAGAGCGUGGAGGGGUCAGUGCUGGCCACAGUGCUGCGGGGGCUGGUGCCCGGCGUCCCCUAUCGCGCUGAGGUGGCUGCGGCCACAGGGGCAGGUGUGGGUGCUCGCAGUGCGCCCAUCUCCAUCCGCAUCGCACCCCCAGUGGAGCAGGACGUGGGGCCGGUGGGAUGGGGCAGCAUGGCAGAGCGCAUGGCCGCGGUGGCGAGGCGGCCAGCCUUCAUCGCUGGCGUCAGUGGUGCCCUCUGGCUCAUCCUCGCUGGGUUUGCAGCAUGGCUCUACAGCCGCCGCCGCCGCAGGAAAGAGCUGAGCCACUUCACAGCCUCCUUUGCCUUUGCACCCACGGGUGCAUCCAUGGGUGCUGUAGGGCCGCGUCACGGGCCCACCGCAUCCUCACUGCCACCCCCAGCUCUGUCCACACUCACCUUCCCACACACCCCAGCACCAGCACACAGCAGCCCCAGGAAUGCUCACCCAUGGCUGGCGGAUGCAUGGCGUGGUGGUGGCCUGGAUGCCACCGAGAGAUACUACAACGAGGCCGGCAUCUCCCGCUACAUCGCCCAAACGGAGCCCUUUGGGCCCGGGAAUGCUGAGGGGCCCAUCUACAGCAGCAUCGAGGCAGGGGGCGACGAGCUGCGCACCUUCCACCGGCCCUGCUCACAGCAUGGCCCUGAGACCCUGUAUGGCCACUCAGCUCCUGGGCAGCACGGGAAAAAUUUGGGGAAAGCGGUGCAGACGCCGGUGCUGAGCUGGACCGAGCUGCUGCCCCCACCACCCUCGGCCAGUGAGCUCAGCCAGUACACUGAGGAGGAGGAGGAGAAGGAGGAGCAAGAGGAGAUGGAUGAAGAAGAGGAUGGCAUAUUGGGGCUGGAGGAGCACUGUCCUUCCACUGAGGAUGGCCCCCAGCGCGCUGCCUCCUCACCUGCCACCCCCACGGGCUGCUGGGCCCCAGCUGCAACAGCCCCUAUGCCCCACGAGGACACUCGCAGCCUGCAGCGUUUCAACAGCCCCCGUUCACCCCGGAGGCCCCCGCGUGGCACUGCACCCUCACCCAGCCCCCCGCUGAGCCCCCGCAGCCCAGACACAUGCAAGGGUCCCACGCCCCGAGCCCACCGCCCCCACGGCGCAGGGAAAACACGCUCAGAGACCCCGAAGGGCCAUCCAAAGCCCAAAGGCGGCCGCUACCCUCGGGAGCAGUGGACGGGAGCAGACCUGCCGCCGCCCCCACUGCCGCCUCCGGGCGAGACCCCCUCUCCCAGCCGGGAGACGAGAGGAGCUGAGCGCAGAGCUGCCCACCGCCCGCCCCGCCAAGGUGACGUCGUCCCCUACAGCAAACCCUCCUUCCUGGCUCGCGGCUGCUCCACCGCCGGCAGCGCCUCGUCCUGCGGCUCCUCCGGCUCCCGCGGGCACGGCUCAGGGCGCAGCCCCCGCCCGGACCCCCUGGCUCCCCGCCCGCCGCAGGAGGAGCGAUAAAGCGGCGCGGGGACGGUGACACGGGGACGGGUAUGCGUGGGGUGCUCGUUCAUUUCUGUCUGUAAAUGGGUGUGCA